ACGUCCCGCCCCGCCCCCUCGUGCGUCGCAGCGGCGGCUAAAGUAUGGAGGGCGAGAGUACGUCGGCGGUGCUCUCGGGCUUUGUGCUGGGCGCGCUGUCCUUCCAGCACCUCAAUACGGACUCGGACACGGAAGGUUUUCUCCUUGGGGAAGUGAAAGGUGAAGCCAAGAAUAGCAUUACUGAUUCCCAAAUGGAUGAUGUUGAAGUUAUUUAUACAAUUGACAUUCAGAAAUAUAUUCCAUGCUAUCAGCUUUUCAGCUUUUACAAUUCUUCUGGUGAGUUAAAUGAGCAAGCACUGAAGAAAAUACUAUCAAGUGUCAAAAAGGAUGUGGUUGGUUGGUAUAAAUUCCGACGUCAUUCAGACCAGAUCAUGACAUUUAGAGAGAGACUGCUUCACAAAAACUUACAGAAACAUCUUUCAAGCCAGGAACUUGUAUUUCUGCUGUUAACACCGAGUAUAACAACAGAAAGCUGCUCUACUCAUCGGCUGGAGCAUGCCUUAUAUAAACCUCAGAAAGGACUUUUUCAUAGGAUACCUUUAGUGGUGGCCAAUCUGGGCAUGUCUGAACAACUGGGUUAUAAAACUGUAUCAGGUUCCUGUAUGUCCGCUGGUUUUAGCCGAGCAGUAAAAACACACAGCCCUGAAUUUUUUGAAGAAGAUGGAUCUUUAAAGGAGGUACACAAGAUUAAUGAGAUGUAUGCUUCUUUACAAGAGGAGUUAAAGAGUAUAUGCAAAAAAGUAGAACACAGUGAGCAAGCAGUAGAGAAACUACUAAAGGAUGUAAACAGAUUAAAACAAGAAAUUAAAAAAAGAAAACAUGCACAGAUUCAAGCAGCACGAGAGAAGAAUGUCCAAAAAGAUCCUCAGGAGAACAUUUUUCUUUGCCAAGCUUUACAGACCUUUUUUCCAGACUGUGAAUUUCUUCAUUCAUGUGUUAUCUCCUUGAAAAACAGGCAUAUUUCUAAAAGUAGGUGUAAUACCAACCACCACCUCAAUGUGGUAGACAACCUGACUUUAAUGAUAGAAUACACUGACAUUCCUGAAGCUAAUCCAGCUAGUAGUGCACUGCAGAUGCUGAAGCGUAAAGCUUUAGAUACAGAUGACAGGUGGCAAUUCAAGAAGUCACGGCUGUUAGAGACACAAAACAAGCCAUCUAAAACAGAUAGUGAUAGUAGUAACCAAGAAAAAGCAUCCACGAGCAGCCCAGAAACAGAUGAAGAGAUUGAAACAAUGAAGGGUUCUGGUGAAUAUCCACAGUCUCCUACAUUUUGAUCCUUUUAGCCCCAAAGAUUUUUGAUUCGCUGAAGGGUAAAAACCAUUGUUUUUGCUAUGUUCAGCCUAUAUAAAAAAGUUCUAGUACAUUUAUUUUAUAAAGUACUUUUAAACAUAUUAUAUGCUUUUAUUUUAAAACCAAAACCUUUUUUUGCUCCUUUUACUAAACUGUUGAUGGAAAAGCUUAACUAGAUAUUUUAAACGUGUACAGCAUUCUUUAGAAUUGGGAGAGACUAGCCUUAUUUUCACACAAGAAAGAAGUCUAAAGUUAGCAUGAAAAUGUAUUUAAUUUUUUCUGAGUCAUUACAAUUCCUACUCCUUAAGUUAUGAUAAGUAGUAUAUUAUGGCUAGGGUUGCCAGAUAAAAUGCUAAACAUCAUAAAUCUCCCACUCCCAAACUUACUCAGUUGUCCUAACCACACCUAAUUUAACAACUAAUUUUUUAAAGCUAUUUUUGUUAUCAUUCCAAAGCAUUUAGUUUUUAUUGCAACAGGAACUUUCUUUUUAAUGAUUAUUCUUCAUCAAUACAAUAACAAAUACAACUAACAGGUUAGGGUACAAAAUAGCUGACAAUGCAGAACUCAACAGGUAGGAGAGUCAUGGGCUUCAGUACAAUUUUUAGGAAGGAUGUAAAACCCAUUUAAUCCAGUGAGUUGGUUAAGUGGAGGUUGGCUAAAAGAGCUUUUGCUGUAUUUCUUGUAUUUGUCUUUUCUAUAAGAGAAUUUUCCAUGAAGUGUACACAUCACAUGAAACCUUCAUGUUUCACUCACUGGAUGAAAUGCUGAACACACACUUUGACCACUGCUCUUCCAUCUGUUAUUUCCUAAGUGAUAGAGCAAAUUCAUAGCCAGCAUCAAACUAUCAUCUGUGUGUUAACAUGCAUUAGUUACACAAUGGGGUGCAUAUGAAUCCCACAUAAUACCAGGGAUGAUUUGUGCAAAUAAUGAGUUUCUGCUGGGAUUUUUACUAGUUACCUAAGAAGCACUGUGGUAUUCCAAAGAGUAGAAGGAAAUAGGUUGUCAGCCUAAACCCUAAUUUUCAAAUAACCACAAACAUCACCAGAGCACACAGAACUUACUACAUAAUGACUAAAUGAAACCAACAAACGAAAACUGGGUACACAGGCUAAACUGGGAAUGGCAGAAGCAAUAAGCAGCCAACAUAUGCAAGUGUCUUCUCUACAUAACAGCUUGAGAUUUUUCAAAGAUGCUUACCUACUUACUCAAACUGAAGUCAUGCCUUCUAUACAAAGUUCAAUUUGCUAAAAUGCUAUAGAGGUACAAAAAUAUUUAGCUCAUACUUUAGCAUAAUGAUCCAUCUCCUUUGAAGAAAUCAAUACUAAACUUUCAGUUAUAGGAAGCUUGUUCAGCUUAUUAGUACACAGCUGAACUUCCAUGAUUGAGUUUGAUGCCCAACUUUCAGGUAUUCAAUAAAAAGGAGGACAAGAGUCCUUAUAGGACAUUUCCCCCAGUUUCCAUCUUUUGGCAGUUUUAUCACUGGAGUAAGAUAAGAUGACAUAAUAGAUUGCCUAUGGAUCAGUUUAUUUAAAGUAUAUUACCAGUUUCAGGACAGAUUAGGUCCUGUGACAGCACCACUCUCCAUCCAAUGUAACAUUUCUACAAAGGGAAGAUCCACAAUCCUAGCCAGGAAUACCUUAUUUGCUAGUUAGAAAAUCUCCCUGAGCAGUUUCAAGUCCACAGCCUGUCUCGUGGAUUUUUACAUUAUACAAACAUUCCACUUUCCUGCAUCCAUGUCCCUAAAAUACCAUUUAUAGAACAGUCUGGACCUAAAGUUAAAUCCCAAUACAAGUCACCCCAUAUUUUAUAUCCCACUAUCAGAGGUCUAUUAUUGUAUGACCUAUUAGUGGACCAGAUGUAAGUGACAAUCCUACAGUACCAAUUUUUAAAUUCAUCUAUGUAAAAUGUAAUGAGUGUCAACAUUUCAAAUAAUAGUUUUAGUUCAUGAACAUUCAGUGGUAUGAAUAAGAAACACUACUUUUUCACUCCUGAAACACUCUUCAUAAGAUUUCAUAUUAAUUAAAAACUUUAUGGUUUGAUAAUAUUUAGUCUAUUAAUUUUCUCAAGGUUGUUAAAUCUUAUAAUUUGA